AUGCCUGGAACGCUUCUCGGCUAUGUCUUCAACAAAGCUCCCUCUAAGAGCAUCCCGUCUAAAUCACCGAGUCUGGCCCCGGCUUCAAGCGCCUCACCGGGGCCAUCGAUACGCAAACCAAAGCGGCCUUUUGAGGGAGGCAAGCUCUUCACGGACGACGACAUGAAGGCCAUGGAACAGAUCACCAUCUCAUAA